CUGGCUGUUUUGGCCAGUAACCACCUGCUGGCCCACCCCCCGCUCUGCUGCUGCUGGUGUCUGCCUGGCCUUUACGGUGGUUUGGCACAUGGCACGUUGCCACCACAGUUGUCACUCCCGGGCUUGGGGAGUGGCAACACCUGGUCAUCCAGGCCUUCCCUGGUGUAGGACUCGUGCUUCUGGCUCAGCUGUUGACAGCUAUGUGUGCUUCUGCUGUGGGUUAGCUUUGGAUGAUGGUUUUGGCAGGGCAUGAGGGAGUCUUUUAAGAGCUCUCAGAAGAGAGUCUCGAACACAUCUUGCUGCUGUAUGUGCCUGAGAUGGCAACCUGAAUGUCAUGACAGAAGUCAUUAGAAAUGCAUAACUUGUUUUUGGUUAUCAUCAGCAAGAUGGACUCGGGUUUCUGGUAUUGUGGAGCCACUGGGAACAGUUGAGAAAGCCUAAUUUCAGCAACUUCUUCAGCUUGAAGCUUUCGUUUAUCACAACUUCCUCCAACUCCCAGGCUCUGCCUGUGUGAGCAGUAAUAGCAAGGGUACAAGGAUCUCACAGCAGUUUGCCAGCAUUUAAGAGUUACAACAUCCCUCAUGAGUUACAGGCUGUACUCGAGCAUGUGAGAAGGCUGAAACACAGAGGAGUUCGUUGUUUGAUGUGCAGCAAACAAUUGUCAGGUUUGGGAACGGAGCUUUGCAGAGUUUGGUUUUCCAGCUUUUGCAUUAACCACUGAAAAUAUAUGGUUUCCUACUAGGUAGUUCCUCAGGCAAUACUGUGAACUUGCCUAAAAGCUUAUUGGAGGUUUCCACCAGAGAAGGGCUCUUGAGUCUCCCAUCAGAUACUUUUCCCACUCUCUAGUGAUACUGUUUUACUCCCAGAAUGAGGAAUGGCUUUACAUUUCUUUUUCUCUUAAGUUGUUUUGCCUGAGCUACUCUUUCCCUGCCUCUGGCUAUUGCUUCUGAUUGGAUCUAAUGUUCUGCUGAGCUUGAAUGAUGGUGCUCUGAUGCUCUUCUGGAGCUGGGAGCCCCAAAAACUGCGGCCUGUUUUUAUCACCACGUGUACAUUCUGCUUUCCUAUCUCUUCUCUUGCUGACAAGCCCUUUCAUCAUCAGCCCUGCACACAAACAAGGUUAUCCCCAGUUCAGAUCACAUUAGUGUAGUUCUGCUUCCAUUGCUUUUCCCUGUGAGCCUGUUUUGUGGGAGUUAUAGGUAAGGUGGGCAUUGAAAAAUUUAAAGGCUCAAAGAAAUCUUUAUUUCAUCAAGGGAAGGGCUCAAGCCAAAGGAUUCUUUAGUCCCAGUGGUUGUUUAAAGCUUGAUCCCUGUGGUUUCCAUACAACCAGAGCAUUUCCAUGGAAGGUGGGAAAAAACCUGGAGAACUGUGUUCAGUUUCCCAAGGCAGAGGGGAAGAGGGAAGUCGGGUGGUGCAGGAGUACCCAUCUACACAGAGCUGGCCUCGUGUAAGAACUGUCACUCUGCAUCACAUCUGAGCUCCAACAAGUAGAACAUCCUGAACUUAGCAAUGGGAAGGGGAGAGACUUGGUAAAUGAUGCAUUAGAGAUGAUGAAAUUCCAGUCUUAUUCUUCCUUUGGUAUAUUCAUGCCAUGUUCUGUUGAAAAAAUCCUGCAUCCUCUAAAUCAGGGAGUUUGGAAAGAAAGGUGUUGAGCUGGAGCUGACACUGUAGUGCUCAUGGCUUAGACUUGGCACUUCAUAUUCUCUGGGAUGUGGUGCCAGACAGAAAUCCUCAGCAGAAGGAAGCAGCUCAGCCACUGCUGUGUCUAUGUCUCUGCUGGUCAGUAGAGUUGUGGUAGUUUGCUGAUUUAGGCUGAGGUAGCAGAUACACCAGAAACCUGCUGUUUUUAUUGUUGAUGAGCAGAAAACAAGGCCAGCUUGUUUUGCUAUAUUUGAACUUGUAAGCCUUGCCUCCUCCCCAUUUGCUCCCCUCCCUGUAAGGCCCAGGGCUGGUUUGUGGUCUCUCUAUCCGGUCGCUGGGUGAUGCAGCCUCUGUGCUGAGGAAGCAGGACAGAUAAAACAUAGCUCAUGUUUCUGGGAAUCCUGACCUCACUGCUGACAGGGAAGUGGUGUGUUCCCAGGACCUGGCAGAUAAGAUGCUGGGCUCCUUGUGCUGAAGCCCAGGGCUGGCUCCUGAGGAGCUGCCAGCAGAACUUCGUGGUUUGGGAAUCAGCAGCACUUCGCUCAGCUUCUUUCAAAGUCUCUACACCCACAGCUGCAAAGCUGUAUUUUAAGUUGUGAAUGGGGAAAUUUUGUGCUGGUUUUAUGGGCUGAGGAAAAGGGACACAGGCUUGCUGAGGGCUGAGCAGGGCUGAGUGUGGAGCUGUGGCUGUGGAGCACCUUCCAGGCUGUACCACUGGCAUGUUUCUCUGCUGACCUGACAGAAAAACUCUGGUGAGAGGGAAUUGAGGUAGCUGGUUUCUCUGCUGGGGUGGUUGGAGAGGAUUAGUUAGAGCCACUUCCCUGUCUCUUGCUGGGAGCCAAUGCCAACAGUUCCAGGGUCUCCCAGCACGUGGGGACACCAUCCUCUGCCACUUGUCAUCUGUGCAGGAAACUGGAGAUUUAAUUGCUGUAUUUUACUUGUGGACAAAUGGAUGGAGACUUGGUUACAUGUCUUUGAGAAAGGAAAUACCUGACAGGCUCCUGGUGAAUGCCUUUUGUUUCAUCCUGUGUUUGAAAACAGCAGUUUGUACCUGAUAGCAUUCAGAUUCUUGUUCUCUUCUUUGCAUUCCUUGGAUAUACUGAAAAUAAAUUGUAGCAUCCUGCCAAGGGACGAGCUGCAGAUGGAAUUAACAAACUUAUUCUGAUUGCCUCACCCUUCAUUUUUCUAUACUUGUAGAGGAGGGAUGUACAGCAGAGUGUUAUUUGUUUGUGUGUAUAAAAGUGCAUGCAUACUUGGAACCAGCAACAACUCUUUCUCCCUCUUGCAGACUGGAACUGAGCUCUGGAAAAACAAAGUGGAGCUUGGAGCAUGUGGCCUGAGGAUUGCCUUACACAGCCAGGGGUGGUUGCUAAGCAGUGAGCAGGAUGCCCCCAGGCAUUUACUGCCCUACGGAAUUCUGGUCCAAGGGGGAACACCAAAACAUCCAGGUGGACUUUUUGCUGCCCACAGGCAUAUACCUAAACCUCUGUGUGCCCUGCAAUGCCAGCCUGGGCACCAUCAAGCAGGUGCUCUGGAAGCACGCACAGUAUGAGCCGCUGUUCCACAUGCUCAGUGACCCCGAGGCCUACGUGUUCACCUGCAUCAACCAGACGGCCGAGCAGCAGGAGCUGGAGGAUGAGCAGCGCCGCCUCUGCGACAUCCAGCCCUUCCUGCCCGUCCUGCGCCUCGUGGCUCGCGAGGGAGACAGGGUCAAGAAGGUCAUCAACUCCCAGAUCAGCCUGCUCAUUGGGAAAGGUUUGCACGAGUUUGACUCCGUGCAGGACCCCGAGGUGAGCGAUUUCCGCAGCAAAAUGUGCCAGUUCUGCGAGGAGAAAGCAGCAAAGCGGCAGCAGCUCGGCUGGGCAGCGUGGAUGGAGUACAACUUCCCCCUGCAGCUGGAGCCCAUGGCCAAGGGUCCCGGGACUGGCUCUCUGCAAAUCCCCACCAAGAACAUUUUUGUCAACGUCAAGUUCCAGUCUGGUGGGGAGAGCUUCACGUUCCAGAUCUCCCCCUGGGAGUUCCCCAUCACCUUAAUGAGCUAUGCUAUUAAGAAACAGGCUACUGUGUUCCGCCACGAGACUGUGCAGAAGCCAGAGGACUACACCCUGCAGGUGAAUGGGAAAUGUGAAUAUCUCUAUGGGAACUACCCCCUGUACCAGUUCCAGCACAUCCGCAGCUGCCUGCAGCGGGGCCUGACCCCCCACCUGACCAUGGUGCACUCCUCUGCCAUCAUUGCCAUGAGGGACGAGCAGAACAGCUGCUUCACCAGCCCCCCAAAGGCGGCCUCCAAGCCCCCCCCGCUCCCCAAGAAAAAGCCAAACUAUGGCUCUCUCUGGUCCUUAGAGCAGCCUUUCUACAUCGAGCUGGUGCAAGGCAGCAAGGUCAAUGCAGAUGAGAGAAUGAAGCUGGUGGUGCAGGCAGGUCUGUUCCAUGGCAAUGAGAUGCUGUGCAAGACCGUGUCCAGCUCGGAGGUGAGCGUGUGCUCGGAGCCGGUGUGGAAGCAGCGCCUGGACUUUGACAUCAACAUCUGCGACCUGCCCCGCAUGGCCCGGCUCUGCCUCGCCCUCUACGCCGUCAUCGAGAAGGCCAAGAAGGCUCGUUCCACAAAGAAGAAGUCCAAGAAAGCUGACUGUCCCAUCGCCUGGGUCAAUGUGAUGCUCUUCGACUACAAGGACCAGCUGAAAACAGGGGAGUGCUGCCUGCACAUGUGGUCCUCCUUCCCAGAUGAGAAAGGGGAACUUCUGAACCCCAUGGGCACAGUGCAGUGCAACCCCAACACAGAGAGUGCAGCUGCCUUGGUCAUCUGCUUCCCCAGCGUGGCAGCACAUCCUGUGUACUACCCAUCCUUCGAGCAGCUGCUGGAGUUGGGAAGGAAUGGAGAACAACCCCGAGCUGCACCAGAAGAUUCUGAGGAGAAGCUGCAGCUGAGGGAGAUCCUGGAGCGGAGGAGCCACACGGAGCUGUACGAGCACGAGAAGGACCUGGUGUGGAAGAUGAGGUACGACAUCCGUGACCAGUACCCACAGGCUCUGGCCAAGCUGCUCAUCAUCACCAAAUGGAACAAGCACGAGGAUGUUGCCCAGAUGAUUUCCCUACUUCAGACCUGGCCAGAGCUGCCUGUCCUGAAUGCCUUGGAGCUGCUGGAUUUCAGCUUUCCUGACCGUUAUGUUGGUUCCUUUGCUAUCAACUCCCUGAAGAAGCUGACGGAUGAUGAUGUGUUCCAAUACCUGCUGCAGCUUGUCCAGGUGCUCAAAUAUGAAUCCUACCUAGACUGUGAAUUAACCAAGUUCCUGCUGGAAAGGGCUUUAUCCAACCGCAAGAUCGGCCACUUCCUCUUCUGGCAUCUGAGGUCAGAGAUGCACGUCGCCGCCGUUUCCCUGAGGUUUGGCCUGAUCCUGGAAGCGUACUGCCGGGGCAGCACCCACCACAUGAAGGUGCUGAUGAAGCAGGGAGAAGCACUGAACAAGAUGAAAGCUCUGAAUGACUUUGUGAAAGUGAGUUCUCAGAAGGCCACCAAGCCUCAAACCAAGGAGAUGAUGCACAUGUGCAUGAAGCAGGAAACCUACAGGGAAGCCCUUUCCCACCUCCAGUCCCCCCUGAACCCCAACAUUAUCCUCGCUGAAGUUUGUGUGGAUCAGUGCACCUUCAUGGACUCCAAAAUGAAACCUUUGUGGAUUGUGUUUAAUAAUGAAGAGACAGGUGGAGGUGGAGUGGGUAUAAUUUUUAAAAAUGGAGAUGAUCUGCGCCAGGACAUGCUGACUCUGCAGAUGAUCCAGCUGAUGGACAUUCUGUGGAAGCAGGAGGGCCUGGACCUGAGGAUGACCCCUUAUGGCUGCCUCUCCACAGGAGACAAGACAGGGCUGAUUGAGGUGGUCAUGCACUCGGACACCAUCGCCAACAUCCAGCUCAACAAGAGCAACAUGGUGGCCACAGCUGCCUUCAACAAGGAUGCACUGCUCAACUGGCUCAAGUCCAAGAACCCGGGAGAUGCCUUGGACCAAGCCAUCGAGGAGUUCACCCUGUCCUGUGCUGGCUACUGCGUGGCCACCUACGUGCUGGGCAUUGGGGACCGGCACAGCGACAACAUCAUGGUCCGGGAGACGGGACAGCUGUUCCAUAUUGAUUUUGGUCACUUUUUGGGGAACUUCAAGACUAAAUUUGGUAUUAAUAGAGAACGAGUCCCUUUCAUCUUAACCUAUGACUUUGUGCAUGUCAUCCAGCAAGGAAAAACUAACAACAACGAGAAGUUUGAAAGGUUCAGGGGUUACUGUGAAAGGGCCUACAUGAUCCUACGGCGCCACGGGCUCCUCUUCCUGCACCUCUUUGCACUGAUGAAAGCUGCUGGGCUGCCAGAGCUCAGCUGCUCCAAAGACAUCCAGUACCUAAAGGACUCCCUGGCCCUUGGGAAAACCGAUGAGGAGGCACUGAAACACUUCAGACUGAAGUUUAAUGAAGCCCUGCGGGAGAGCUGGAAAACCAAAGUGAACUGGCUGGCACACAACGUAUCCAAAGACAACAGGCAGUAGAGCAGGAGCUGAGGAGGAUGGCACAGCCCGAGCCCAGCUCUGACACACAGGCUCCUGAGGACUGAAGAAUGGUGCAGUGUGGAAGUUCCCCCACCUCGUUCCCAGACAUCAGACAUUGCUGCAUGACUGAAAACCUGUUGGCCUGUCCUCAGCCACACCACUGUGGCUGCUGCAGAUCCUUGGGGAACAAGGGAGAGACGUGAGGCAAUAAAACUACUGCAUACAGUAAAGGUAGGUAAAGGUACUGUACCCUUGAGAACUCCUUGAGCUUCAAAUACAUGUUUCAAUGGAAGAGUCGAGGCACAUGUAACAUCCCUCUGGUGUGCUAAUGGCUGCAUUUCUAUUUUCUUGAAAAUUUAGCUGAGCAGAGAUCUCCCUGUGUCUGUAGCCCAUCUUCUAGGUCACCACUGUUACAGCUUAGAGGCAUUAACUAUGGCAUGUGGUCACUCCUCCUGCCCUGUCAGUGUCCACUGACGUGGGUCAGCUCAAAGCACACCAAAGCUGACUUGGACAAAUGCUUUUACUCUGUCUCAAGACAGGAUAAAAACAUCCACACUGGCAUCUUGCUUUCUGUCUGCUCCAGAGGCCAAAGUGUUCUGAAACUGAGCUGGAACUCAGCUCCUGCUGUCUAGAACUGAUGGCACAAGAGCAGCUUUGGGGUGGCCACUGGAUCAGACAUUUUGCUUUCCAAAGUUAGGCUUUAGUUAAACCUUAAGUAAUUCCUGCAUUUAUUUUGGUUUCAAACCUGACAAUGCUAAGACUGCAUUUUCAAAUUAACGUACUCACUGCUUCUUUUCAUAAAAGAUGUUAAGCUGUGAGGUUUGUUCUGGUUUGGAUCUAUUCAUACAACCCUGUUGCCUCUCAAGCAGCUGUUGGUAGAAGCAGCAGUUCUGGCAUAGAAGACACCUCAUUUUAAUUUAAUCUAACCCUGGGAGACCCUUUUCCCUCCACCUUCAGACAAUACUGUGACUGAAGCACUCCGGCUCUGACAGCUGCUUUGGUACUAGAGGGAAAUGCUGCAGGAUUUAGAGCUCAGUGCAGGCUGUUCAGUGAGAAACAGUCCUGUGCCUCUGCUCCAUUUUAGAGAGUAAAUAUUGCUAUUUCCUUGCUUAUUAAACUAAUGUACAGAGCAAAAAGUAUGCAAAAAAAUCUUGGGCCCUGUGCAAGGUGAGAUGCACUGAAACCACACCCCAAUCAGGUUCUUGUGGAAGGGAAGACACUACAGUUCCAGAGCUGGAAAAGCAAUUCUCUUGCAGUGCCAGAGCCUGGUGUUCAGGGUGCUGCAGCACUGGGACCCUGCUCUCCUCCCAGCUCACAGAAAGGUCAGACCCUCACCAGUUUUAGAGCAGUGGUUCCUGUCCGUCACUUUGCAAGUGCAAUAACACAAAGGUGUAUCAGUAUCAAGUGCAAGAGCUGAGCACAGUUUUACAGAGGUUACUUAGUCUGGAAAACUUGACUUACCUACAAGCAGUAAAAAAUUCAGUGGGUCAUCAUGUGGACCUUCUUCCUUGUACACCCUGGGAGAGUAUCUUGGAUAAAUCUCUGACAGCUCUGUUGGGGCAGCAAAGAGCCUUUGACUCCAAAUUCACAAAGCAGCAGCUCACCUGAUGGUUUUCAGCAAGCUGAACUGUACUAAAGAUUGAAACUUAAAUAAUUUUCAAAAAUGUUCCAUUUCAUUACAAGUGGCUUCUCAUUUUUAUAAAUAUGUUCAGAAUGAUAGACCUAUUUCUAUUUAUUUAGAGAUGUUUCUGUCAUUAAUUUUUUUUAACUCUGUACAAACUGAUUGUGCUUAUUCUGUUGCCUUUGAAAAAAGAAGUAUUUUUUUAAGCCAAACCGUGGUUCUGCAAGAAGAGAAUGUUUACAUGUUUAGCUUUUCGGUUGCUUUAGGUACAUGUUUUGUAAAUAAGAAAUAAAAGAUAUGGACAAAUUAUACACAAAUGCUGCCUCGUCCUUCUAUGCUUGAGAGCAAUAGCCACAAAACUCCCCCAGCAGAGGCAAAUUAACACCAUUUAUGUAACUGGGUUCUACUUUGUUUCACUAAGUAAAAUAAAAAAUGCAAACAACUUUUAGAACCAGAAAUUUAUUGUAGCUUAUAGACUUUCCAAACUGACCUGUUACCAAUAUACACAUCUGAAAAGUUAUACCCACAGUGGCUACAAACUGCAUCAGGACAUUACAACCCCUCAGAAUUACCAUUAAGUCAUGAUCAGUUUUGGUCUAAAAUACAGCAGCUACAGCAACAGUAUAUGGAAGGAUAAGUCUUCUACACAUUAACACAGGACAACUGUCAGACAUAAGUUAAAAGUUUCCCAGUUUACUUAAAACUAGCAGUUAAUUACCACGUAAGUAGUCAAAACCAUUUCCCCAUUUUAGAAAUCUAAAAUUUACAUUAAAAAAAACCCCAAAAACAACCCCAAAAAACAGAAAGCUCUGGUGUGGGUUCUUUCCCUGCUGCCAGGUCCAUCUCUAUUGUAAAGGCACUCCUCAGUUCCCCCAGAGCAAACCCC